CUUGCAGAGUGUCACAGCCGAGGCGUAACAUUUUGAAAGGCUGCGUUCAGCAGACAGCGACGGAGUGCGGAGAUGAGUUAAGGAGGUUUCAAGGAACAAAUCACGGUUUCUAAAGAGGAAAAUAAAACAACCGAAAAGUUUUGUUCACGAAGGAACCUUUGGAGUACCUUGUGACGAGCAAGAAACUAUUCAACUCCGACCUCCAAUGCAAAGGCUCCAUGGCAUAAAGCCUGUCCUCAUAUUCAGCUGGUCCCUGGGGAGAGCUGCCGAGCUCACUACUCUGACGCCCCGCUGCCAUUUUCCACAGCCUGAGGGGAACCAGGAAGCAGCCGGCCGGAGUCAUGCCUGCCCUGGCCACCGGAGCCGGCCACGAGCCAGGCCUGUAUGAGCUGCUGGCCGCUCUGCCCUCCCAUCUGCAGCCCCAUGUCAGCCGCCCAGAGGACAACACCUUCCUCCAGGACAUGUUCGGAGAGAGAAGCCUCCACUCGCUGAUCAAGAUCCAUGAACAGCUGCAGCACUACGAACAGAGCAAACCCGUCCCUGUCCUGGACAGCGCUGCACCUCUGGCCUGUGAAUUGUCUGAGCUGCUGGAAGGGAAAUCGGCCAAUGGAGAAAUCAAAGAGCUUCUUCAAAUACUGGCCAAACCCCACGUGAAGAGCCUCCUGUCGGUCCACGACAUCGUCGCCCAGAAGAAUUACGACCCUGAACUACCUCCGCUGCCUGAAGACAUUGACGACGAUGAGGACUCUGUGAAAAUCAUAAGACUGGUCAAAAACAAGGAACCUCUCGGGGCAACGAUAAGGCGUGACGAACAAACAGGAGCCAUCCUCGUGGCCCGGAUCAUGAGAGGAGGGGCAGCCGACAGAAGCGGUCUGAUUCAUGUCGGAGAUGAACUGAAGGAGGUCAAUGGAAUCCCUGUGGAUGACAAGAAACCAGAGGAAAUCAUUCGUAUUCUGGCCCAGUCACAAGGAGCCAUUACCUUUAAAGUUGUCCCCGGCAUCAAGGAGGAGGCACCAUCCAAGGAGCCAAAGGUGUUUAUGAAGGCACUCUUUGACUACGACCCUAAGGAGGACAAAGCCAUCCCAUGUAAGGAGGCCGGACUGGCCUUCAAGAAGGGCUCCAUCCUUCAGAUAAUGAGCCAAGAUGAUGCGACCUGGUGGCAGGCCAAACACGAGGGGGACGCCAACCCCCGUGCUGGCCUAAUCCCGUCCAAACAGUUCCAGGAGAGGAGAUUUGCAUUGCCACGACCUGGUGCAACUCUGCCGUUCCAGAAGACCUCUAGCCGACGAUCAUCUGGGUUCAGGAGAAGCUUCCGUCUGAGCAGGCGGGACAAGAAGACCAACAAGUCCAUGUACGAGUGUAAGAAAAGUGAAAUGUACGACAUGGCUGAUGUGCCCACGUAUGAGGAGGUGACCCCGUACCGGAGGCAGAGUGGAGCGAAGCACAGGCUGGUGGUCGUAGUAGGACCCACAGGUGUUGGCUUGAAUGAGCUCAAGAGGAAACUGUUGAUCGCAGACCCCCAGCACUUCAGCGUGACCAUCCCACACACCAGUCGGGCCAAGAGGAACCAGGAGAGCGACGGCGUGGAGUACCACUUCAUCUCCAAACACCUCUUCGAGACGGAUAUCCACAACAACAAGUUCAUCGAGUAUGGAGAGUACAAAGGGAAUUACUAUGGGACGAGUCUAGACUCAGUACGCUCUGUCCUCUCCAAGAACAAAGUGUGCUUAUUGGAUGUCCAGCCUCAUACGAUAAAGCACCUGCGGACGGCAGAAUUUAAACCCUUUGUAGUGUUCGUGAAGCCUCCUACGAUUGAGAGAUUGAGAGAGACGAGACAAAACGCCAAAAUCAUAUCAGGCAAGGAUGACAAGGGAUCUGCCAAGCCAUUCACGGAGGAGGACUUCCAGGAGAUGGUGAGAACUGCCCAGAUGAUGGAGACUCAAUAUGGCCAUCUGUUUGAGAAAGUCAUAGUCAACGAUGACCUCUCGGCCGCCUUCAGCGAGCUGCGGUUGGCGCUAAAGAAAGUGGAGAUGGAGACUCACUGGGUUCCAGUCAGUUGGACUCACUCCUGAGAUCCACACAGACUGUUAAAGGAGAAAAGGGAAGGGCUUUGACGAAAAUAUCCAGGUUUUUAUCUUUCUAUGUCUGCUGUGGCCGGUGUUGGGGGUGGGGUUAUAACAACAAGGGAAUAAAGCAAGACAGCGCCAGACGGCCGUGUCGCCACACCUGAGCUGCACGGAGCUAAAAAUACGCUUUUGCUUGGGAUCAGGUUGGAUUUAGAACCCAGCUGUGGUGUGGAUGUGGAUCUCCAGGUCUGACCAGAUCUGACAGGGUUGAGGCUAAGGGCGCCUGUCCAGAAUAUGAGCCUUGGACAUUGAUCUGGGUCUCAGUCUGGGUCAAACAACCAUGGCCAUGAGUUUGAGCUCUUUGGUCCAAACCAGAAUGUGGAACGAGCCUGGACCAUCACAGCACCAGCAGUCCUGCCAGCACAUCAGCAACCGCGCCAACCAGAACUCUGUCUUUAGUGUGUUUAUAACAUUAGACCAUUAGAAACCAAAGGGAUUGACAUAUUUCUUCUUGGUGGACAACUUACAUGCGUAUGUCUGUAAAAGAACACAACCUCUGAGGGGAAUAAGGGGAGAAAAGAAAACAUAUUUGCCUUCUGUCUUACUGUGUUUUUGUUCUUCUGUAAUGCUUCCAUGACUGUUAGUCCAAACAAAACAUUGUCAGGUACACUCUCAAGAAAGGGCAGUAAGUAUAAUUUUAUUUAAGAGAAAUUAAUAUAUUUUCUAAUAUCCUCCAGUUGUUUCCUUUUUGCAUACCUUUUCUAUACAUAUCUUGACUCUUAGAGCAACCUGAUCUCAACUGUAGCCACCUUUCUGACAGCUUUUCACACGAGAGGCGUCUCUUCUUUCAGUCAAGUGUUUUGAUUUCAUCACCCUCAUCUAGUUUUCCCCCUACAAAGCACAUAGAGAGCCAUUUUAUUUAGGUGUUAUAUAUUCCAUUUAGGAGCAUUUUGAAAAGCCACCCCUCAUAUGAAGGUGCCCAGCAUAACAGCUUUGCCAUUUAAAGUCCCAGAACUGGACACUCUUGGCUGUCUGCUAGAAGAAAAUGUUCACAAUUGUGUUUUAUUAGGGUGGAGUCUUUAUUUUUAUUCACAUAAAAAUGGCUUCGGCAAGGCUGCUAAUAGAGGGUCCACAGCACACUUCCAGGAUCUUAACUCAGAAAAAUGCUAAGUAGCCGCUCCUGACUUUAUGAGCAUUAGAAGUUUAUUGCUAAUUUGAGUCUCCAUUCCCAGUCUAACUUACUCAUUUUUACUCAGUACUUUUCUUUCUUUAAGCUUCUAUCAUAGAGAUACUUAACUGUAAGUUCUGGUACAUUGAUUUUCAAAGCAUCUCGUCAUUAAUUCUGGCUGUAUAAUUAUCAUUAACAAUGUUACAGCCUUGGUAGUUCGUUGUUUUUUUGUUGGUUUUUUUUUUGCUGCUGAUGUAGUGAAAGCCUGAUGUAGAGCAAUAUUUUACACUUUAAAUGAGUAGUUGGUCCUCUUUGUUUUUUUGCUAAGAGUGAAAUGAGAAGAUUGACACCGCUUACAUGUCUUUAUAGUACAUAUGGACCGAAAACCAAGAGGCAAUUAGCUUAGCUUAGCAUAAAGACUGGAGACAAGGAGCAGUUAGCAGCUAGCCUUGCUCUGUCCAAAGUUUAAGAAUAUGCUCACUAGCACCUGUACAGUUUGUUGCUUUAUGAACUCGUCCACAAACUUGUUUGUGAACAAGAUAUUUGUUCAUUUGUAAGUUUUAAAGGCGCUGCCACGUACAUCUUCCAACUCUGGAGCAAGAGCCAGUAUGCUAAGAUAAGCUAAUUACUUUCAGACUCUAGCUUCAUGUUUAACAUACAGUCAUGAGAGUGGCAUCGGCCUUCUCAUUUAACUCUCGACAAUAAAGGUAGCAACAUUUCCCGCAAUGUCAAACUAUUCCCCUAACUAUAUAUAUAUAUUUUUUUACUGGGAACGAUUGGCCUCCACCCUGUAUGAAUCCUCUUUGAAUUUCUCUCAUACACUCGCUGUAUGUGAAACUCAGGUUGUAUUGCCCAGAUUUUUUUAGCUUCAUUUAUUUUACUUUUUCCUCCUAAUUUGAUAUUUAUAUAUUUGAUUCAGUCCAUUACAAAAAAAAGGGUAAUAUGAGUGUUUAUGCUGUUCAGUAAUGAAAUACACAUUUUAAGGGAUUUUAACACCCCUCACCCCUUUACCCUGGGUUUAUUUAUUACUUUUAGUAUCACAUUAUGUUCCCUUUGUUCACCUCUUCAUAUCCUACCCCUCUGCCGUCUGUUUGAUUGAAAAUCAGAUUUGUACAGUCUCCAGAAAAUAUUUUUAAUUCCUUGCUGUAAAUGAAAUGCUGUUUAUGAGGCAAGUUGUAUGAAUUUACAUUAUUCUUGAUAACUGCUACAUUUUAUAUUAAACAAAAUCUAACUAAACUUGUGUUUUCAAGGUGUUAAAUGAAUUCAUGUUUUCAACUGGGCCAAGAUUGACAACAGUGAUGUGUGAGGUGAGAAGAAUAUUCUAGUGUUUUUGGGAUUUGUGCCCUCGUGUGCCAUUCACAUCUAUCUUUUUUCAUUAUUGAGCAAAAUAUUCCAGCAACAUCUUUCAGCUGCCUCAUAGGAGUUAGCUGUAGAGAGCACGGUGUGUAAACAGACUGUUCAUCUUGUGAAUGACAGCACGAGAGGGCAGUAAAUGACAGUCAGCGGCAGUUUCUGUCACCUGC